UUGACACAACUUUCCCAAAGCUGAAAAACACCCAUGACCCAGCUGGGUAGCAGUAAUCAUUUCAAACAAAGUUGAUUCCUCUUUCAUGGAUCCACCAAUAUCCUUUUUCAUCCAUUCAAUCACACAAUACAAACCAUGAUUAGUCCAUAUAAACCCACUUGCCACUAACCUUCCUUUUCCCCAAAAACCACUCCCAAAAGAGAGUUUCUGUGCUCACUCACUCACUCCCCCACAACACAACAAUGCUGGAUCCAGCAGCUGAGUUUGUGCCACCACCAUCUUCACCCACCAUCUCUUCUGUUUCCUCCUCUGAUCUUGACACUGAGUCCACAGGAUCAUUCUUCCAUGACAGAAGCACUACAUUGGGGACUCUGAUGGGUGUGAGCUUCCCAGCCAUUACCUUCAGAGUCCCAUCACAGCAUCGGGACCCACAUUCCUCCGCCGCCGCCGCCGCCACCGGCGGCUCGAGGAGGAACGCAUUUACCAAGAAGAAGAAGAAAACCGCCAAUGCAACAGCUGUGAUGGCGGCGGAGAGGCGGCGGCGAUGGUGGCAGCUCUGUAGGGAAGGUGACGCGAGGCCGGCAUCUCUCGGCGAGUUUCUGGAGGUAGAGCGGCGGUCCGGCGACGGCGCGUUCUACGGCACGGCGGCGGAGCUCGAGGGGAUGGUCGUCGGGCACCAGCAGAGGAACGGCGGGAGGGUGCUGUUCGCGGAUGGUAGGGUUCUUCCUCCCGCGGCAGACGUUGACGACGUAGCGGCGACGGAGGAGAGUCUAUGCAACAGGUUUCCGGUGUCGCUUGCCGGCAUCUGCAGCGGCGGUGCAGGGUAGGGACGUCUUUUGAAUUUUCAAUUUUUGGGGGGGUUUUUUGAGAAAUUUGUGGUUUUAUUUUGAUUAUUAUUUAUGGAUUGUUUGGUUGUUGCCUAAUUGGUAGAUUCUUUUUUCUUUUUGUCUGUGGUUUACGUGCAAAAAAGCAUGCUUCUGCUUUUGGGCUUAUUUACCUUUUUAUUUUUGUUAAUUUUCUUCAUUUGAUGUAACUAAAUAUAUAUGGUGGCCCACAUAGGUAAUUAUAUGGUGAUUGGUCUUAAUCACAUGCUUCAAUUACGCCAAAAAUCCAAAUGGUUUGUGAAUA